UAUUUACGUGAUUAAAUGCAGAUGGUGUAUUUUUCUCUGAAUUCCUCAUCAGAGAUCUUACUGGAUGUGUGGUUGCCUUUGCAGAUGCACCCUCUGGGCCUGUGCAACAACAACGAUGAGGAGGACCUGUACGAGUACGGCUGGGUGGGCGUGGUCAAACUGGAGCAGCCCGAGCUCGACCCCAGCUGCCUGACGGUCUUGGGAAAGGCCAAGAGGGCUGUACAGAGGGGGGCAACGGCUGUCAUCUUUGAUGUGUCUGAAAACCCGGAAGCCAUCGAUCAACUUAACCAGCUGGCGGAGGACCCCCUGAAGAGGCCAGUGGUUUAUGUGAAGGGAGCGGACGCCGUCAAGCUCAUGAACAUUGUGAACAAGCAGAAGGUGGCACGGGCCAGGAUCCAGCACAGGCCGCCCAGGCAGCCUGCAGAGUAUUUUGACAUGGGGAUCUUCCUGGCCUUCUUCGUGGUGGUGUCGCUUGUCUGCCUCAUCCUCCUGAUCAAGAUCAAACUCAAGCAGCGCCGCAGCCAGAGCUCUAUGAACAGGAUGGCCAUCCAGGCCCUGGAGAAAAUGGAGACUCGCAAGUUCAAGGCCAAGGUCAAAGGUCAGCGCGAGAGCAGCUGCGGGGCAUCCGACUCCCUGAGCAGCAGCUCCACGUCCGACUGCGCUAUCUGCCUGGAGAAGUACAUCGACGGGGAGGAGCUGCGGGUGAUCCCCUGUGCCCACCGGUUCCAUAAGAAGUGUGUGGACCCGUGGCUUCUCCAGCACCACACCUGUCCCCACUGCAGACAUAACAUUAUAGAACAAAAGAAGGGAAAUGCAGGCCCAGUGUGUAUGGAUCCUGGGAACCCAGUGCACAGCAGGCAGCAGCGGGUUGUGCUGCCUGUCCACUACCCCGGACGGGUGCAUCGCGCCGGGCAGGUGACGGCCUACCCAACCCGCACCAGCAUGGACCCCCACGGGAACCCAAUCACGGUGCUGACGGUGGACCAGCACCCCGAGCAGGGCCUCUACCCGGCCCAGUCGUCUGCCUUCCUGCGCGGCUACCCGACGCUGCACCUGGAGCACACGCUGGGGCCGCACCACUGCGCCCUGGAGCAUCGCGCUGCAUCCUCAGCCGCUGCAGCGGCUGCCGCCGCCGCUGCCGGUUACCCACAGCCGCACGGCGGCUUCAAGCGGCCCAAAUUCCACGGGCGCAACUUCUCGCGCCCCCCUUGCUUCUCGCAGUACGAGACUAUGUACCAGCACUACUACUUCCAGGGCCUGACCUUCCCACAGACUGACGGCCACACGCAGCCUGGAGGGGCCACAGGGCUUCCCCAUAAGGGCCACAGCCGUGCCUUCCAGCAGGGAUUACUAUACCCCACGGUAGUCCACAUGGCCCCUGCGUCCAGCUCUCGGCUGGGGGAUGUUGGCCUGGGGCCUGUAGGUGGCGAAGGGGCCAGUAGCAGUUCGGGGCUGAGCUGUUACCACGGUCACCGGUCGGUGUGCAGCGGCUACCUGGCAGACUGCCCUGGCAGCGACAGCAGUAGCAGCAGCAGCAGCUCGGCACAGUGCCACUGCUCGUCCAGCGACUCCAUGCUGGACUGCACCGAGGUCAGCAACCAGGGCGUCUACGGCAGCUGCUCCACCUUCCGCAGCUCGCUCAGCAGCGACUAUGACCCCUACGUCUACCGCAGCCGCAGCCCCUGCCGUGGGUCGGCCGGAGGGGAGGUGGCGGUGGUCGGGGCGGGGGCAGGGGUGGGAGGCGUGCCCGGUUCUGGGUCUAGCAUUGGCACUGGGUGUCCUUCCUCUACCAUGGGGGCCGUGGGCUCGGCCGAGGACUGCCCACCCUCGCCAAGGGGGCUGGACUGCAUGCAGCUGACUUCCCCACCACCCCCACCCCCGCCUGCCCCCUGCUAUACCCCUGGAGACCAUCAGCAGCAGCAACUCCUCUCCUCCUGUGGAAAGGACUCCCUUUGCAGUGGCCGCUCCAUGCUCCCUGAGCCACGGGAUGGUACCGACAGCACCAGCUCUACCUCAGCGGCCACCCCCCUCCACCACCACCACCGGGAAGCCUCAUUUGGGGCCGGCAUGGGCCGCCACAGGCCCUCGGUGGAGGAGGAGGACGAGGACGAGGAGGAGGACGAGAUGGAGGAGGAGAGCGGGGUUGGGGGGUGCAGCUGCUGCCUGGAGACCUUGCCGCUCCACCCGGGGCACGAGGUAGGGAGGCAGCGUGGCGCUCCCGGCCCGGCUCCCACGGACUUGUGUGGGCCGGGAGCGUCCGUCUCCGACCCCCUACCGGGUGGCGGGGAGCGUGGAGGGUACGACGGCCUGCCAUGCUGCUUCUACCAGGAGCUGGCGGUGCAGUGCGACUCCAGCGCAUGUGGCGCUGCAGGAGGGAGGAGUGGCGUGGGCUGCUACUCCGAGGACUACGCCGUAAGCGUUCAGUACUCGCAGGUGGACACCGACGGGCGCCCGCGGGACGCACAGGGCAGUCGCGAGCCCAGCCGCAGGAUCCCCAUCAUCCCUGGGGAUGUGGACGGCGAGCAGGGCCCCGAGCACGACCCUGAGCCCCGGGCGGCCCUGCUGCGGGCGUGCCGACUCGCCCAGGCUGAGGAGGAGCGGACUAGUGAGCGUGAGGAGCCCGCCAGGGCCCUCUUUCCUCCCUCAGGACCUUACCGGGUCGGACAGGUGUAUACGCAGGAGGCCGAGCUGGAGGCACGGGCCCUCUUCCCAGCCUCCAGGGCCUCCUCCGCACACAAUGGCACCGCCUGCACAGCCACUGACGAGGCCUGUGGGGUAUGAGACUCACAAACAUUACCCCAACCCCAACAACAAUGGCCUCCUCUAUCCAACCAACUCUUACCUUUUCUGCAGUUGCCUUGUAAACCUUCACUGAAUGUCAGCAUCAGAAACUGUGUGAGUUUCUACUGAGGUUUUCUCUUAUCAUCUCUUUGUUUCUCUCUCUCUUCUCUCUCUCUUUUUUGUUAUUUUUUUUUUCUCUUGAUGUCUCAUCAUCUUGCCUUGCUCUUUUUGAAAUGCCAUGAUGUAUAUCUAUUUGAUUCCUGUGGCCUUCUGCAAAAGUAGUAGUCAACAUUUAGGAAAAAAAACAUGCCGGUGUACGACACAGAGAGUCAUUGCAAAUGAUUGCACCAGUAUCAGCACACACAAAGCUCUCUAUUGGAGGGCUCGGGCAUAGAUAUGGCCACAGUCUGGCACGGAUCUAUUACAAAGUCAACUGCCAUCUGAAGAACUGCCUCUGUCUGGCGCAAAGGCAGGACCAUAUCGCGAUCGAUCGAUUGAUCGAUCGAUCGAUUCAUUCAUUCAUGCAUUUGUGUGUUCAUUCAUGCACACAAUUCAAGGUCUCUGCCUUUACACACCAGUGCCCCCCCACACACCCACCUUAAAUAGGACGGGCACUGUGUUUCCGAUUUCAAACAUUUUAGGAUCUUUUCUUUUUUUUACCAGUUUGCCAAGGUCAUAUUUGUACACAUCAUAAUAUCAGCACUCUUUGAAGAAUUGUUUUUACAUGCUAUAUCUCACAUGCACUUAAUGGUAUGUGUUGACAUAUAGCCAAAAUUAUCUGCAGUGCAUUGUGGGAAGGAACCAGUCAUCCCAAAGCAUUAUCAUGCUAUAGUUCAGAAGAGUUCAGUAAGGGAUUUUUUUUGUUUUUUACAGAACUAGUUUCAAUGCAGUUGUUUUUAGGAAGCUAAGCGGAUGAAUCAUGGGGUCUGAGUACUCCCUUUCCAACUUUCUCAGGGCUUGGGUCUUCUUUUGAAUAAUAAAACACAGACCAAGACAAAGGUUACAUUUUCUAGCAAAUCUACCAGCGAUUCGAAGAUGAGCUGUUAGGCUGUCUGUAGGGUAUAGCACCAGAGAGAGAGUGUGUGUGUGUGUGUGUGUGUGUGUGUGUGUGUGUGUGUGUGUGUGUGUGUGUGUGUGUGUGUGUGUGUGUGUGUGUGUGUGUGUGUGUGUGUGUGUGUGUGUGUGUGUGUGUGUGUGUGUGAGAGAGAUCAGUUGUUAAGGGGCUGGGAUUAUGGUGAUCAACUUAAUACUGCUUUACCUCUACUUUUGAGAAUGAUCUUCGAUUCAUACCAUCUUCUGACUGCUCCAUACAUACGUGUGUGUGCGUGCGUGCGUGCGUGCAUGUGUGUGUUCUUGUCUCAGUGAUAGUACAGCUCUCUUGUGAGUCUUUUUCUUACUAGGCCAAAGCACAAACUCAUUUGGAAACCAUUAGAAUGUGGUGGUGGGUUUCUGAAGCAAACUAAUUCAAAGCAGCAUCUUCGUUUUAAGCUUUUCACAAACACAAAUACAUACACAAACACUCUCUUUCUCUCUCUCUCUCCUUCUCUUCGCUAUCUGCCUAGCUGCUCUCUCUUGUCCUGUCGUUGUCUUAUUCUCUCACUCACACAUGUUAAACACAAGCUCACAAUCAUCCACACUGCAAACUCAUGCCUCUUUCUGUGUACACAGAGGAUUUUAUAUUGUUUCUAUGAAAUGUACCCACCAAGCUCACGAGUGGCAGUUGCUCGGAGGAGAACUCUUUUAUUUAUGUACCCGAUAGCCACGGAUUCUGGCCCGGAGUCUAAUGAAUUGCCGUGUCCGGGCCGGAUGCUGGUCGGAUCAGAACCUAAGUCUGCUACUGUCUAGGAUGCUGAUACUGUAACCUGGUGCCGUAAUUCAUGACGAUGAAUCUAAUCUUGCCUUGCAUAGAGAUAUGUACUGCAAAUAUAACAUUUUGGGGUACUUGAGUCACUAUUUAAUUUUUUUAUUGUUUGUAGCACUUAAGAAGAUUGUAUAAAAGACAAAUGUGUACAAAAAAUAAUAUUUUUUAAUUUUUUAAAAAUAUAAUUAUUUUCUCCAUCAUUACCAUUUUACAAAUGUUUUAAAAAGUAAAAAGGCUAGAAAUCAAUCUGUGUAUAUUUCAGUAUCUGUAUAGCAGCGCAUUUCAUAAAUGGAAAUAUGUUCUCUGAAUAUUUAUUUACUAAUAUAUUUAUCUUUAAGCCAUGUCUUAUGUUCAGAGUGUAUGAAAGGUUUGGAUUUUUUUUAUUAUUAUUAUUGCUUUGGUUUUUGAGAUCACUAACGUGAGACUUUGUAAAUACAUGGUAAUUGCACACAAAACAAUUAAAUAUUCUCUGACCAAAAACUGAUUUAAAAAAUGUAGUACCAUACAGUUUUGUAACAAAGUGUACAAAGUUCUGAAAAAUAUAUGGUUUUAUUCAAGUAAA